UUCAAUGGCAGUUGAGGAGUACCAUCGCAGCUGCAUCGCAGGCAUUUCGCUAGCCAAUGUACUAAAAAUAAUUAUUACAGUAAUUAUAUCAAUAGCAUAAACUAAAGGUUUAGGCGUUUAUAAUAAAAAAAGGAAAGGAUAAAAACGGAGAGUCGAUUUCUGUGCAAAUAUCUGAACGCCUCUUGUCUGCAGCUGCUGGCGCCUCGGAUGUGCGCUUAUUCCGCGAGCAUGCUAAAUCUGGACACCUGCCUAUAAAAAGGUACGAUGAAGUUACCUCUGUCGAUACUCAGCUCGGCGCUACUUCUAUCAGCUGUUUCAGCAUCCAGAGAUUUCAUUUCCUUGGCUGAAACAGAGGAUGCCUUACUACGAAAUCUCUUUAGAGGCUAUCAGAAGUGGGUCAGGCCAGUCCUACAUUCUAACGAUACCAUAACUGUCAAGUUUGGACUCAAAAUUUCCCAGCUUGUAGAUGUUGAUGAAAAAAACCAGCUUAUGACUACAAACGUAUGGCUGUGGGAGGAAUGGACUGAUCAUAAACUCAGAUGGAACCCUGAAGAGUAUGGUGGUAUCACUUCUAUUAGAGUUCCCUCAGAAACCAUUUGGCUGCCUGACAUUGUUUUGUAUGAAAAUGCUGAUGGACGCUUUGAAGGUUCCUUGAUGACAAAGGUCAUAGUGAAAUACAAUGGCACUGUCAUGUGGACUCCCCCAGCAAGUUAUAAAAGUUCAUGCACAAUGGAUGUCACAUUCUUCCCAUUUGAUCGACAAAACUGCUCCAUGAAGUUUGGCUCCUGGACUUACGAUGGUGACAUGGUGGACCUCAUUCUUCUGGAUGACCAUGUGGACAGGAAAGACUUUUUUGAUAAUGGAGAAUGGGAAAUAUUAAAUGCCACUGGAAUGAAAGGGAAUAGAAAAGAUGGGCUGUACGCCUACCCGUUCAUCACAUACUCCUUUAUUUUGAAGCGUCUGCCACUUUUCUAUACACUCUUUUUAAUCAUCCCUUGUCUUGGUCUGUCCUUUCUGACAGUUCUAGUGUUUUAUUUGCCUUCAGACGAAGGGGAAAAGUUGUCACUGUCAACGUCCGUUUUAGUGUCUCUCACCGUCUUCCUUUUAGUCAUUGAGGAAAUAAUUCCAUCUUCUUCCAAAGUCAUUCCUCUCAUUGGCGAAUACUUGCUGUUUAUUAUGAUUUUUGUGACUUUGUCCAUUAUCGUCACGGUGUUUGUAAUAAAUGUCCAUCACCGCUCUUCAGCUACCUACCAUCCUAUGUCACCUUGGGUCAAAAGCCUUUUUCUUCAGAAGCUUCCAAAACUGCUUUGCAUGAGAGGACACACGGAUCGAUAUCAUUAUCCAGAGAUCGACUUGAACAGCCCAGACGUAAAACCCAAAACCACGGGAAAGAAAAGGCCCUUAUCAGGAAAAGAAGACGAGAACAAGGUUUUGUUGGCACUUCUUGAAAAAGCAACAAAUUCAGUGAGAUACAUCUCCAGACAUGUCCGAAAAGAACAUUUCAUUCGCGAGGUUGUACAAGAUUGGAAGUUUGUGGCUCAGGUCUUGGAUCGGAUCUUCUUGUGGGUCUUUCUCACCGUUUCCAUUUUUGGCACAAUUUUGAUCUUCACUCCAGCUUUACAAAUGUAUCUCAGCACCUAAGCAGAAAAGUGAGGAGCGACAAGCGCCGUGUUUGAGGUGUAUUGCGGUACAGAGUUCUUUAACAAUAACUUCAAAUAUGCCACCAUUCACACAAAUACAAAAGACAGAACAAUUUAUAUUAGGUGUGUUUUGUAACUCCUUUGGUGUUUGAUAUGGGUGCAGGUUACAGGACUCAAGUAAGCCUUGGACUGAUGCUGAUUAUGACAAUUUUUUUUUUAUUAAUAAACCCAUUUUUUUCUACAUAAAUGAAUAAGUGUGACCCCUGAUGAGUUCAAGAUGAAACUAGAACAGAAAUUAAACCCUAAGGGUGUGAAAAUAAUUUUUAGGACAGUGUAUUAUAAAAUGAUUACAGAAUGAUGCAAUCCCUCAAUAUGAAACAUUUUCUUAGCUUGCAAUAAUAUUAUGAACAAUUUCUGUUAAAUACUUAAACAUGUAAUGGAUUGCUUUGAUAUAAAAGAGACAUUUCAGUUAUUUUAUGUAAUAAAGUUUGAACAUAGUAAUAUAUAUAUGU